GCGCGGGGUGGGGGGGGAACGCGGCGUAGCCUAGCGGCGGGAGACGGAGGCGACUUUCGCGAGCGAGGAGACAUGGCGGAGUACACGCGGUUGCGGAACUGUCUGGCGCUGAUCCGCCUCCGAAACCCGCCGGUCAACGCCAUCAGUACAGCUGUACUCCAUGGAAUAAAAGCGGGACUGCAGAAAGCUCUAACAGACCAUACAGUAAAAGCCAUUGUGAUUUGUGGAGCAGAUGGCAAAUUCUCUGCAGGGGCUGAUAUCCACAGCUUCGGUACACCAAGAAUGUCUGACCUUGGCCUGGGACAUGUAGUAGAUGAAAUACAGAGAAAUGAGAAGCCCGUGGUGGCAGCUAUUCAAGGCCUGGCUUUAGGAGGGGGACUGGAGCUGGCCCUGGGCUGUCACUAUAGGAUUGCCCAUGCAGAGGCUCGAAUUGGCUUCCCAGAAGUCACAUUAGGAAUCCUUCCUGGUGCAAGAGGAACCCAGCUUCUCCCCAGACUCAUUGGAGUUCCUGCUGCACUUGACCUAAUUACCUCAGGAAGACAUAUUUCGGCAGAUGAAGCACUCAAGCUGGGUAUUCUAGACAAAAUGGUGAACUCAGACCCAGUUGAGGAAGCAAUCGAAUUAGUCCAGAAAAUUUCUGAUCAGCCUCUGGAAUCCCGUAGACUCUGCAACAAGCCAAUUCAGAGCUUCCCCAACAUGGACAGCAUUUUCAAUGAAGCCCUUCUGAAGAUGCGGAAGCAGCAUCCUGGGUGCCUUUCUCAGGAGACCUGUGUCCGUGCGAUCCAGGCUGCCGUCCAGUAUCCCUAUGAAGUGGGCAUCAAGAAGGAGGAGGAGCUGUUCGUGUACCUUCAGAAAUCAGGGCAGGCUAGAGCCCUGCAAUAUGUUUUCUUUGCGGAGAGGAAUGCCAGUAAGUGGUCAACCCCCUCGGGAGCAUCCUGGAAAACAGCAACGGCACAGCCCAUCUCCUCAGUUGGCGUUGUCGGCUUGGGAACAAUGGGCCGAGGCAUUGUCACUGCUCUUGCGAAGGCCAAGAUCCCUGUGAUUGCUGUGGAAUUGGACAAGAAGCAGCUAGAGACUGCUGAUCAGAUAAUAACCUCCCUCUUGGAAAAGGAAGCAUCCAAAAUGCAGCGUAGCAGCCACCAUUGGUUAGGACCAAAACCCAGGUUAACCACAUCCCUGAAGGAGCUAGGUGGUGUAGAUUUAGUCAUCGAAGCAGUAUUUGAGGAAAUUAACUUGAAGAAGCAGGUCUUUGCUGAACUAUCAGCUGUGUGCAAGCCAGAAGCUUUUCUGUGCACCAAUACUUCAGCCUUGAACAUUGACAAGAUUGCUUCUUCCACUGAUCGCCCUCACUUGGUCAUUGGCACUCACUUCUUCUCACCAGCUCACAUCAUGAAGUUGUUAGAGAUUAUUCCCAGCCAGUACUCUUCCCCUACUACCAUUGCCACAGUUAUGAAUUUAUCAAAAAAAAUGAAAAAAAUUGGAGUAGUUGUAGGUAACUGUUUUGGAUUUGUUGGCAAUCGAAUGUUGAAGCCUUAUUACAAUCAGACAUAUUUCUUGUUGGAAGAGGGCAGUAAGCCAGAGGAGAUAGAUCAGGUGCUGGAAGAGUUUGGUUUCAAAAUGGGACCUUUUAGAGUGUCAGAUCUUGCUGGAUUGGAUGUGGGUUGGAAAUCUCGACAAGGGCAAGGUCUUACUGGACCUAUGUUGCCUUCAGGAACGCCUGCCCGAAAGCGAGGCAGUGAGAGAUAUUGCCCAAUUCCUGAUAUGCUCUGUGAAUCAGGACGGUUUGGCCAGAAGACAGGAAAGGGUUGGUAUCUAUAUGAUAAGCCACUGGGUAGGAUUCACAAACCUGACCCCUGGCUCUCUGAAUUCCUGUCACAGUACAGACAAACCUAUCACAUCGAGCCACGUGUCAUUAGCCAGGAUGAGAUCCUCGAGCGCUGUUUGUACUCACUCAUCAAUGAAGCAUUCCGUAUCUUGGGAGAAGGGAUGGCUGCCACUCCAGAGCACAUCAAUGUUGUCUAUUUACAUGGGUACGGAUGGCCAAGGCACAAGGGUGGGCCCAUGUUCUACGCCUCCACAGUGGGGUUGCCCACAGUGCUAGAAAAGUUGCAGAAAUACUACAGGCAGAAUCCUGAUAUUCCACAACUAGAGCCUUGUGACUAUCUGAAAAAAUUGGCUUACCUGGGCAACCCUCCUCUGAAAGAAUGGCAGAGCUUAGCAGGACCCCCUAGCAGUAGACUAUGAUUCAGCCUUCCAGGUUAUGACUCACGUGCUUGCAUCAGGAAAUGCUCAUGGAAUUUCACUGAUAUUAAAUCAAAAGAUCCAAAGUAAGAUUGCUCUGAAAUACAAAGCAGCUGAACCUUCUCUUUGUGCCUUCUGUCUGAUUAUUCUAAUGGAUCAGAUCUUUAGGAAUGUGCUUCCUAUGCCUCUGAGUCCAUCUUUAUUGGAUAAAUCAUUUCGAUCCCAGUGAAUAAACUUGUAUCAAUACCAUAAUAGCUAAGGAGAGAAACUCAGGAUUAAGUUAAGGUUUCCAAGUGCUUUGAUUGUUGGAAAUGUCAACAAUGAAUCCCCAGGGCGUCUGGGUGGCUCAGUGGGUUAUUAAGCCUCUGCCUUCGGCUCAGCUCAUGAUCCCGGGGUUCUGGGAUCAAGCCCCGCUUCGGGAUCUCUGCUCAGUAGGGAGUCUGCUUCCUCCUCUCUCUCUGCCUGCCUCUCUGCCUACUUGUGAUCUCUCUCUGUCAAAUAAAAAAAUAAAUAAAAUCUUAAAAAAAAAAAAAAAACAGAAUGAAUCCCUGAUAAACGCCACUAAGCCAUAAAUUCAUUUUGACCCCUUUCCACUUCACUCACACAGCACUGAUAGGAAAACUUACGGGCCCUUCAACAAACCUUCACUCCGCAGCUCCUGACCAUUUUGCACAGCACUUGGCAAACCCAGAAUCCAGAGGCGGCAUGAAUUCAGCAGGGAAAGCUGUGGUGAAAUUUAGCCCCUAGUCUCAAAGAUGGAGUGGAGAUAGUUGGCAGGUUCGAGUCAGCAGGAAGGGUCUCUGUGAGUGAGUAGAGAAUUCACCCAUGGAGAGGCAGAGGGAGUAACCAGAAAGAGAGGCAAGGUGUCAAAAACCUAACAGUGCUAACGUUGUAGGCAGAACCUGGGUGGGAGUAGUGAGGGCGUCAAGUGCUUCAUACUAGAGUAGGGAACUCAGAGAAGCUUGGCAGCCUAUACUCGGUGUAUGACUUCUGUCCACAGUGCUGUUGUUUGUGCAAAAUCGUGCUUGCUGCUUUGCAAGGGGCUCAGCAAUAUUUGUUGUAACUUCCUGGGGACCAUAGGAUGUCCUGUCAUUCUUUCCUAUGCAUGGAGAAGUAACAGAAAGUAGCCAUUGUUGACUUCAUGUAAGAAGGGAUCUUAUCUUAGAAAGCAUGUCUAACUUCCUCUGAAUCUAUGUUAGAGUCAUGAUGCCAGUCUCCCUGCCAUGAUGAGCCUUUGUGAUGCUGGGUAUGGAAAUUGUUGAAUCUUGAAAAGUCUGAAAUUACUGCAAAACAGAUUCUGAAAAGUUUUGUUAUAAGAGUUCUUCUCUUUUUACUUUUUUGUGGGGUUAAAAGUUGAGGUCCACAAAUGUUUAUAGCAAUAUUAUUCAUAAUAGCCCCAAAUUGGGAACAAGCUAAAGCUCCAGCAACAGAUGAACAAAGUGUGUAAUGGCCAAAGAAUAGAAUAUUUGGUCAUCGAAAGAAAUAAAGUAAGUAUAGAGAUAUAUUAUGACAUGGCGAACCUUCAAAAUUUUAUGCUAACUGAAAGAAGCCAAUCACAAAAGGCCAUACAUUGUAUGGAAAUUUAUGGGAAAUAAAAUAGGCAAAUCUAUAGAGAUAGCAGAUUAGAGGAUGCCUAAGGCAGGAAUCAUUAGGAGCUAGGUAAUGGGGAGGGCUCUAAUGAGGACUGGUUUCUUUUUGGGUUGAUGAAAAUGUUCUGAAAUUACUGCGGUAAUGGUUACAUAACUCUGUGAAUCUACUAAAAACCAUUGAGUUCUUUAAUUAUAAAUGGGUAAAUUGUAUGGUAUGUGAAUUAUAACUCAAAAUUGUCAAUAAGUAGGUAAACAAACGGACUCAGCUUGUUCUUCAGUGUGUUGUAAAUAAACUAUUUUCUCCUGCGAAUCCAAGCAAAAUUAUCAAAAGUUCUGAUAGAGGAAAUUUAAAUGAAUAUAGCAUAAGUUUUCCAUUAUCAAAAACAAACAAACAAAAAAACCUCUGGAGUGUGCCUUAAAUUUAAUUUAGAAUCAUUUUUAAAUUGUGUAUUGCUGGAUUUUAUAUAAAUUGGUCCUUGAAUUGAAAGAAAAUAAAAAAAAUUUCAGGAAGUGGUAAA